UUUUGUUUUGUGAGAAGUAGCACGUCCCUGGAGAUAAAGGAAAGGAAAGAGAGAAACGAAACCCUAAGAAGAGGAGGAUCGGGUCGUCGAACUUUUUCUGAUCAGACAAGAAGGAAAAGCAAAGAUGAUGAACACUUCUAACGGAACGAUAUCGGGACCAUCUUCAUCGUCUUCACCGGCUGCGAAUCCUCAGGCGCCUGGGAUUAAGACUUAUUUCAAGACCCCCGAAGGCAAGUACAAGCUCCACUACGAGAAGACUCAUUCUUCCGGUCUCCUUCACUACGCUCAUGGCAAAACCGUUACUCAGGUAACUCUAGCUCAGCUUAAGGAACGAGCUGCUCCUUCGACACCAACUGGUACUUCGUCAGGCUACAGUGCGAGUAGCGGAUUCCGUUCAGCGACAGCGAGGUUGCUGACCGGGAAUGGGAACCGCGCGCUUAGCUUUGUUGGAGGUAAUGGAGGGGGCAAAAACGUGAGUGCUAGUUCGAGGAUUAGUGGCUCCUUCGCUGCUGCUUCUAACGCCAGCACUUCGAUGACGAAUACGAACUUUGAUGGGAAAGGAACUUACCUGGUAUUCAAUGUGGGUGAUGCUGUUUUUAUUUGUGACUUGAACUCACAGGAAAAGGAUCCAGUAAAGUCUAUCCAUUUCAGUAAUUCGAAUCCUAUGUGCCAUGCUUUUGAUCCUGAUGCUAAGGAUGGGCAUGAUUUACUUAUUGGGCUGAACUCUGGCGAUGUGUACACUGUAUCGCUGAGACAACAACUACAGGACGUCUCUAAGAAGCUAGUUGGAGCACUGCACUAUAAUAAGGACGGCUCCGUGAAUAACAGCCGUUGUACUAGUAUUGCUUGGGUGCCUGGAGGUGAUGGAGCAUUUGUCGUUGCUCAUGCCGAUGGCAAUUUGUACGUGUAUGAGAAGAACAAAGAUGGUGCCACUGAUUCAACAUUUCCUGCUAUAAGAGAUCCUACACAAUUUACGGUUGACAAGGCAAAAUAUAGCAAGAGUAAUCCUGUUGCGAGAUGGCAUAUCUGUCUAGGUUCAAUCAACAGCAUUGCUUUCUCAAACGAUGGGUCACACUUGGCCACUGUUGGAAGAGAUGGCUAUCUUCGCGUUUUUGACUUCUCAACCCAGAAGCUAGUAUGUGGUGGAAAAAGUUAUUAUGGUGCUCUGCUGUGCUGUUCUUGGAGUAUGGAUGGGAAGUACAUAUUGACUGGAGGUGAAGAUGACUUGGUUCAAGUGUGGAGUAUGGAAGAUCGUAAGGUCGUGGCGUGGGGUGAGGGACAUAACUCGUGGGUAAGUGGAGUAGCGUUUGAUUCGUAUUGGUCGUCACCAAAUACAGAUGGGUCAGGAGAGCAUGUCAUGUACCGGUUUGGAUCAGUCGGUCAGGACACACAGCUACUUCUCUGGGACCUUGAAAUGGACGAGAUCGUGGUUCCACUCAGGCGACCACCAGGAGGAUCUCCAACUUACAGCACGGGAAGCCAAUCUGCUCACUGGGACAACGCCAUACCGAUGGGAACUCUUCAACCCGCUCCUUGCAAGCGUGAUGUUCCAAAGCUCUCGCCGGUCAUAGCUCACCGUGUUCACACUGAGCCCCUCUCGGGUCUGAUGUUCACACAAGAAUCAGUGGUAACAGCUUGUCGAGAAGGCCAUAUAAAGAUCUGGACAAGGCCCAGUGCCUCGGAAACCCAAACCAACAGCUCAGAAGCAAAUCCUGCGAUUGCACUCUUGAGCUCAAGCUUCCCCAAAGACAACAAAGGAUCACUGAGCAGCAAGAUCGGCGGUUCUAGUUUGAAGCAAUGAUUAGAGAUCAUGCUGUCUGAUCAAUCAGGUGCUAUUGUUUAGUCAUGUUUUCUCCAUCUAAAAAGUGGUAAAGGAAAAGCCCUGUGAAUAAAAGUUUCUGCUGGGUUUUUUUUUUUUUAAAUUUAUAAGAAGAUCAAAAUCUGACUGUAUAUUGGAGGCUGACAAAGUUGUGGGCAUAGGAAAGAAGAUGGGUGAGACGAAAGAGAUGUUUAAUUUUCUGAUGUAAUUAUAAGAAGAAGAAAAGGUGUUUUUGGUUUUCAGGGUUUUAUGUCCGGAAGACUUUCUUCAUCAGCCAAUAAUGGGAACCUUGGGUACUCCUGAAGAAUGUCACUCUUUUAUUUUCAUUCAGUCUCUGCAGACACUACUAAAGGAUCGAUGAUGCCUUCUUUAUCUAUUUUAAUUAUUUGGUUUCUCUGAAAUAAUGUCAUAACCUGCAUUUUUGUUUUACGAGUGAAUAUCCCAAAAGUCACUUGGCCUUU